AUGGCGCUGCUCAAGACCAAGUACAUGCCUUUGAGCGAGGCGAACGUCUCGCCCGAGCGCGUCGCCACGUUCGACGGCCAGCACAUCACGCUCUCGUCCUGUCCCGGCGUGAGCGCGUUCGCCAUGGGGAACUACCUGGGCGGCGGCAUCGCCGGCGUCGUCUACGAGGCUCUGGACCAGCGGCUGAAGCGCCCCGUGGCCGUCAAGAUCCUGAACCCCGUGGGCUACAAGCUCACGAGUCCCUCGAGUCUCCGGCGCGCGGAGAUCGUGAAGAAGGGCGUCCCCAUACUGGGCAACGUGCGGAACAUGACGCUGGAGAAUGUCUACUGGGUGCACCUUCCACGCCGACGCGAGCUGCUCGCGUGCUACGCGAUCGGAUGCUCGACGACUGCGGCGAUGACGUCAUCAGUGACGCCAACAGCGGCUGCUGCUGCUGCUGGAAGUUCAAGUACCACGACGUCGUACGGGCUUCGGGAGCUCACGCUGGAAAUGUGUGUGAGUCUGUGGCUCUUGGACCACCACGACGACGAGUUGAGGGAGCAGAGGAGACGGCAAACGGGCCGGACGGACCGGAGACGGUCAGCGAGCGUGCUGUUGUCGUGUGAAGAGCCGGUGCAGGAAUUUUCUCGCCCAACAGCUGCAGCGGCGGCAGUUUCGUCGACGGCUUCGAGUCAAUUGCAACAAGUUGAAGAAGAAGAGGAAGAGGAAGAAGAAGGUGGAAGGAAAUACAGAGGAGAGGAGGAAGAGACGAAACAAGGUGGAGGAGGAGGAGGAGGGAGUCAUCGGUGUGAGAACCACGACAAUGACGAGGUGGUGGUGAAUGACGUGGUGUACGUCAUUCCAUCGCUUCCGGCCAAGUACCGCGCGUUCUUGCAAGCUCGAAAGACGAUUUACCGAGAGAUUGCGCACAUGCACAAGUUGACGGGCAAUAGCGUGACUGGCGAGAGGAUUGGCAGCGGCCAUGAGAAUGUGCUGCAGCUGUACAAUGUGUUGGAGUUCGUGCAACCAUCGAAGUCGACUAUUUUCCUCGUGCUGGAACUGGCGUAUGGUGGAGAACUGUUUGAUCGCAUUCGAAGGGAUGCGGGCGUGGAGCAAGAAGUGGCGAGGACGUACUUUAAGCAACUUCUGGCAGGAGUGCGAUAUUGCCAUCAACUUGGCAUUGUGCAUCGAGAUCUCAAGCCUGAAAAUUUGCUACUGAGCGACUCGGACGUGCUUAAGAUCGCCGACUUUGGCUUAUCAGCCCACUUUAUUGCGGCUGUCAGCAGCGGAACGAGUGCUGACGACCACAACAACAAUGACGAGAGUGAAAUUACGAGCCGGCUGUCGCCAUCGCGCUUCCGACGACUGAAUUCGAUCGUUGGAUCUCCUCACUACGUGGCACCUGAAGUUUUGCAGAACGCUCGCUACGGAUAUGACGGACGUAAAGCAGACAUGUGGAGUAGCGGCGUUAUUUUAUACGGACUGCUGGUUGGCACCUUACCUUUUGGGCCGGAUUUGGCUUCGUGCCCUCGGUAUCUCAAGUUCGGCGAGUGGCUGCGAUCGCUGCCUGUUGAUCCUCACACGAGUAGACUACUAUUCGACAUCAACUUGUUCCAUGCUGGAGGCAGCUCCAGCAGCUUGAAGCAGCAGCACCAGCAGCCGGAGAUGUCUCCUACUCAUUCGAAUUUUCAUUCGACAGCGCCGAUGCUGGGGCUCAUCCUGAACAGCUCCACUAUGCUGUGGAACCAGAACCAAGCUGGCGGAGCGUCUUCGCCAUCGACAAGCGGCAAGAGUUCGUUCUCGUCUGAUGCAAGUAUGCGUAAACCUGGACCAACUGGCAAUGGCUGUGUUGUCCAGCCGCGUCGUUCCGUGGCGUUUCCCACGUGGUUCUUCCCGUCUUCAUUAUCACCAUUGGCAGCAUACCUGCUGGCGUCUUUACUCCAUCCCGACCCGAACAAGCGAAUCUCGUGCGAGGAAGCAUGCAAGUCGAGCUGGGUGCUCGAGACGUAG